UCCAGGAAUUGAAGCAAAUAAAAACUAAUAUAGUUUAGUAGAAAUGUUCGGUCUGACUGUCACAGGACCGUGAAGCAUGUGAUGUUAAUCAGGCCCCGUUAAAUUAUUAGCGUUCAGACAGAAAGUGAAGCUUACAAGUUCUGCUCUGCUGCUAAAAUGGUGCAUGUGUACAACUGCCACCCGUUCUCCUCUCAACGGAUCGUACCGACAGAACAGGAACCUGGUCUGGUGUGCUGUGGCGGCGGAGCUCUGUUUGUCCUGUCGGCUGGAGGAUGUAAGAUCGACGUGUUCGAUCCGCAGGGGAAACAAUGUCCUCUUAUCUGUCGCUUCUCCACUAUGGGUUUAGUGCACAGCAUUGUUUACAGCCAGAUCGGGGACUACCUGGUUACCAUCGAGGAGAAGAAUGGUGCCACAUAUUUAAGGGCCUACACUAACUGGCGUUAUCAAGGGGCUGAGAAGAAGCGUGUGGGCGUUCGACUCCUUGGCCACCUCAUGCAAGGCCAGGCACUACAAGGCACCCCUAAAGAGCAAAUGGAGAUAGUAGAAAUUCCUCUCUCAGAGGCGCCACGCUGUGCUGCUUGCUGUCCCAUAACAGGUUCCCUGCUGGUGGCCUGCAGCAAGAGCCUUGUGCUGUUUGGCUUGAAACGUCAGUCGCUCAGCGAGCAGCAUGAUGCGCUUGAUUUUGAGCGGCUUCUUAUUGUAAAUGUGCCCGGCUGGUGCCCGCUGCAGGUGGCACUCUGUGGCAGCUAUGUGGCCCUGCAGACAGAUUUGGAGGUGCUAGUGCUAAAGCUGGAGAAUCUGGAGAAGGAACGUAUGACUGAGCACAAGCAUCUGCACGGCAGUGACAUGCCUUCAAGUAACCAAAAUUACAGUGAUAUUAAGAAGGAACCACCGAGCCCUGUUGAGCCUGAUGACUUCUUUGUGUUCCCGAAACAUCUGGAGAUGCUGGGAGAUGAUGCAAAGGACUGUGGGGUCUCUGUGUCUUUGGAAAGGACAGGAAUGGAGACAGAGGGAGGCAACAGCAGUGAAGUUACCUACAUCCUAUACAGGAGGUUUGCUCCAGAUUUCUUCCAGGGCUGCAGUGUAGAGGAGACACGCUUACACUCCUUACAGUUGCAUCCCAUGUACACUGGUCAGCAGAAUGCAAGCGGUGAGACAGAAAAGAGCGAGCCAUCUUACAUCUUCUGUUUUUUCUCUCUGCCGAAUGCCGGUUAUGUGUACAGUCUAAAGAACACAGUGGAGCUCAUCUCCACCUACCAGUACCCAGAGAACGCUCUUCAGUCUGUGCUCUGCAACAAGUUUCUCUAUGUCAUUACUAGGAAUGCUCUUCAGUGUUUUUCUGUGAGGUGCAGCGCUGUGGCGGCUCGAGCUGAGGACCCCUACAUUGACACCACAAUGAAGGCCUGUCCCCCUGUCACUAUGGAAGUGUGUGCCCUACGGAUUCAGCUGUUCAUUGGACUGAAGGCUCUGUGCUGUUAUGGGAAUCAAAUUGUGCUGCUUACAGCCGCCGACGUGGACAGCAAAGCAGAGACUGAACGAGGAACUAAAAAAACUAUUGAACCUAAAGAGCAGAAAGCACUGACUGAGAUUUUCCUAGUGGCAGGUAUAGAUCAAACAACCAGCCCAGUUCUGGAAAGGUUCCUGUUCAGGUCCUUCCUAUCCAGGAAGACCUCUGUGUCAAAAGUUAAGGAACCCAGUGAUGCUGGCCAUGGCUGGAACUUGUAUGUUCUGAGCACUGUGACCACACUGCAGCUCUACAGAGAGAUGGUGGAGUACAGUAAGCGCUAUGAGCAGACCAACCCGCUCUCUCAAAACUGUCUACACCUGUUAAAUGAAGCUCAUCUGCUCCUCUUGGCUGAUCUGCUCUGUCCGAGCCAGAGCGACUCGACAGACAGAUCUGAGCUCCAGCAAGCCUUUCAGGAAAGCUGUGCCCAGCUUGGAGACUGUUUCAGCAGGUUGGAUAAGCGAGACAGUCACUUGGCUCUCCCGUACUAUAAGAUGUCUGGCCUGUCUGUGACCGAGGUGAUUGAGAGGAAUGUGGCCAUGUGCCGAGGCACUGCUGUGGAUUACGGGAAAGGCUUCCUUUUCUUCCUUAAACAUUCACUCCUCGAGGAAACCAUGGAAGUGCUCAGUGGAGAGACUGCCAACACAGUGCUGGAGAUCUUCAGUAAAGCCGAGCCCGGUCAGCUCCCAUAUGUGGUGAGCAGCUCGUUUAUGAAGAACGCGAGUCCUGCCCGAGCUCAGGCCCAUUUGGAGCAGCUAGAACUCAACGGUGCCCCUUCAGUUACACUCACGCUGUGCAAGGCUGCCCAGGCGCUGCGUUUAGGAGAUCUUAACUACUACCAGCAGCAGAUGGACCGCCAUGCUGAGAUGCUGCAGGUGUAUGGCUUUAUAGAAGAACCCAAGCUGCUUGUGCAUGGCAGAGAAAAGGCAGUGGUGCCCACUCAGCUGGCACAGCACCUGCACGACACCCAGGAUGGUCUGCUGGUGGCCGCCGUGGUGGCUCUACAUGAGAACAGCAAGGUCAAACUGGAGGAGGCCGAACUUUUCUUCAGGGAGUUGUGUAAGGCCAGCGUAGAACCUCAGAGUGUUCCUCAGCUGCUAGUAGAUUUCUGGGAAGCCCUGCUGGUGGCCUCAUCUCAGGAAACCAUCAUCCAGGAGCUGCUGUUCCACCUCACCUCUGUCUACAUCCACCGCAUCAUACGCAGAGAGCGCUCGGGGAUUAAAGCUCUCAAAACAGCCGAGGACCUCAUCAACUCCAGCUCUCAUUAUGGGAUGCUGUACCCCUGGGUGAGCAUCCUGACUCCUCUUCAGUUCAACAUCACGCUUGAUCACCAGGAAGAUCUGCAGAAACUUCAGUCUCUGCUGUGUGGUCCGACGCUGGACGUGUCCUCCAUCAUGCCUCUGCUGGAGCAGCUGUCCGAUGCCGACAAUGCCGGCCUGAGUGUUCAUGUGCUCUGUGCUACCAAACUCGGCCAGCACAGCAGUGCCAUCGAGAAGCUGCUGGACCGCUGUCCUCAGGCCAUCAUCCCUUAUGCUAACCACGAGCUACACGAUGACAAACUGGCUCUGUGGUGGCAGAAACUAUUUCUGGAGCUUUGCGAGAGGACACGGGCUUCUUCUGGACAGAGUGUUUUGAUUGAUGCACUGAAAGAGACUCUGGUAGUGGUGGCCAUGCUGCUAAAUCCAGUAGAGCUUUUGGACCUGUUACCAGAUGAUGGGACUGCAAACUUCUUCCUGCCUCACCUUCUGGAAUGCAGUCAGAAGCACCUUCGUACAUGAGCUGUGCACUAUCAGGAUCAGCACUGUAAGCUGUGCACCAUCAGGAUCAGCAUUGCUGGACAAUGUGCGUCAGUAUGACAAUCAUAUAUUCAGUACCACAGUUAUCAGUAGAUCACAGUCUAAGCUAAUGCAUGGUUAUAUGAUUUCUGUGAAUGUCUUGAUCUGAUAUUUAUUCAGGUUUGCUUUAUUGUCUAUCCCCGCCAUAGUUUGGCACCCUGCCAGGGGUGAAUUCCUGCAUUUUGCCCAGGGUUUUUGGGUAAAAUCGGACCCACUGCAUCCCUGACCAGGAUAAAGCAGUGGUAAAAAAUUUAAUGAAAAUAAUGUUUAUCCUCAGUACAGAGCAAAGGUACAAAAGGCUUUUUUGCACACAUUUGGCUCGUCAAAUUUUAAACAAUGUGUUUGGAUAAUCUGAUUUAACUGUCCAGUUCAAACAAGCUUAUCACAGGAAAUUCAAUGUGUUUUUUAAUUUUCGUUCAUCUGCUUUAAUAUUUAGGGGUCGCCACAGCGGAUCUGGUUUGCGUAGUAGACUUUGAAUAGUUUUACACUGGAUGCCCUUUCUUAUGCAGCUCUCCUAUUUCAUCUGGGUUUGGGACCAGCGUUCAUCAAUAUGCAAGUGACAAUCUUAUUCAGAAACUGCAAUAAAGUGUAUUAAACAAGCUAGAUAGAUAGCAACUUAACAUACAGCACCUUUUCUGGUUUGCACAGACUUAGUGAAGUCGUGACCAAUAAUGAUAGUGAAGGCAGGCAGAUGAGAGGAGAAACUGUAUGGUCCACGUUAGGGGUGUCUGAAAUCAUAUUCUUACAGAAUUGUACUCUGUAUGCUAUGCAGUCAUAAAAUUAAUGAAUGUAUAGUUUGCACUUUUAGCUCCUUUAUAUCUAAUAUGCAGAUAUUUAAAUAUGCUUAAUAACAAUGUUUUGAUUUCCCUUGCAUUUCUUAUUUUUUUGUAAUUUUUUUUAUUUAUUUGUUAUUAAAGUAAACAAAAGA